GAAGUUGACGGUAACGGAGAGCACUGAAUGUGAAAUCCACAGAAGUCAAAAGUCUAAUCCCAAUCUCUAACAAUUGCAGUGGCUAUGAAAUAAAACAGUAAAAAAUCAACAGCAAUGGCUUCGAACGGAAACCCUAAAUUUCAGCUCCCCGUGUUACUCUCCCAACAAAACAACAAUGGUCCUAUUAUUUCCAUGGAAACCACUCCUAUCUCUCCUACUAUUCCUCUCCCUAUUCUUUUACGAACACUGGAUUUCAAUCCCUUCUUGCAACAUCGUACCCAACACAGAUCUCAACCAACAGGAACACGACGUCGUUGAAGAGGAAAACGACAACGAUGAGGUUUUGAAAGUCAUGUUGGUCGCGAAUUUAUUGCUCUUAGGAUCUGACACUAGCUUUUUUAACCUCUAUUUUAGAGAUUAUUACAUGUCCAAGGUUUUCAAGAAAUCUUUUUAUUCUUUAAAGCCUGACAUGCUGCUGGUAAUGGGGGAUGUUUCGGCGAGGGGGUCGACAUUGACGAGGGGUAAAUGGGUAUCAGUGUUGCAUCAGUUUCAUGGAAUGUUAGGGCCAUUUAUUGAACUUCCAUUUCAUGUUGUUCUUGGUGAUAUGGAUGUUGGAGGGUGUAGUGGGCUCGACUCAAAUUCAGUUUAUUGGAUAGCUAGGAGUUUUCCGGGGCUAGAUUCAUCUGGCUGUGGUGCGUUUGAUAUUGACAAUGUUAGUUUUGUUUCCCUUAACGCGGUUGCAUUGCUUUGUGGUAAUAAUAAGUUGAGGUUUAGUGUUGAGAAGGCUGUAGAGAUGGAAAGAAUAGGUUCAUGGAUGGAUUCGGAGAAAGAAAUGGGUGAUUGUGGAGAAUUUACGAAAACGUCUGAUAGUUUCGGGCGGAGAAAGGAUUUAGUGUCAUCUGGAUUAGGUCCUGUCCUCUUACUUCAUUUUCCAUUGCAUCGAGCGGAAAAUGGUGGUUGUAAGGAAGGGAAUAUUGUUAGAAAAGCUCCUAUGCCCUUACGUCAGGGCUUGAAUGCAUUAGAGAGUAGCAGGGGAUAUACUGGUGCUCCCUAUGAGUUAUGGCAUACAAUCCCUCCAAAUGCUACGCAAUACAUAUUUCAGGCUCUUAAACCAAGGAUUGUUUUCAGUGCGCAUACACAUGAAUUUUGUGAUCACACACACUCAGAUGGGACACGCGAGAUAACUGUCCCUUCAAUGACAUGGAAAGCAAGGGAUGACCCCGGGUUUGUUUUUGCCACAUUCAGAAGUGGUGGGAAUACUAGAGUAUGGAGGCUGUGGUUCAGAUGACGAAGGACACGAGUAAGGAUGCUGUAGAUGACUAUGAGAUGAAUCUGUCGACGCAACAUUAUGAGACGCAACUUUUGUUUUUUCAUUCUGUGAGUUUGUUGAUAAGAAAUGAAUAGAUGGCAUAAGUUGUAUAUUCUUUUUAAAGCGAGUUUUAUAGGAAUAAGGUCCAGUGACGAUGCUGGUAUUCAGUCCGAGAACAACUUCCCCAGGACGUGUGAUGCUGGAAAAGUAAGAUUUGAGGAGAAGUAGAGAGGGGAAAGGAGGAAGAAAAGAAGUAGCUUGGAAGUAUGAGCUGAAAAGGAGGAGAAAGGGAGAGGAAGAAAAGUAUAACUUUGCAACUUUUAUUAAUUCUUCAAAACUAUAGUAAUGUAAAAAAUUACAUAUAAAUAAUAAAAUUCUAAUCAUAACCAACAA